CGUCCCGCCGCGUCCCUUCCCAUGGCCCGCCCGCGCGUGCGGCUGGUGGUGACGGCGGACGACUUCGGCUACUGCCCGCGGCGCGACGCGGGCAUCGUGGAGGCCUUCCUGGCGGGCGCCGUGACCAGCGUGUCGCUGCUGGUCAACGGGUCGGCGGCCGAGAGCGCGGCGGAGCUGGCCCGCAGGCACCGCAUCCCCGCCGGCCUGCACGCCAACCUGUCCGAGGGCCGCCCCGUGGGGCCCGCGCGGCCCGGCGCGUCGUCGCUGCUCACCCCGCGAGGCUUCUUCCGCGGCAAGGCGGGCUUCCGGGAGGCCGUGGCGGCCGGAGAGGUGUCUCUGCCCCAGGUCCGGGAAGAGCUGGAGGCGCAGCUGGGCCGCUUCCGACUGCUGCUGGGCACCGACCCCACGCACGUGGACGGGCACCAGCACGUGCACAUUCUGCCCGGCGUCUGCCAGGUGUUCGCCGAGGCCCUGCAGGCGCACGGGGUGCAGUUCACCCGGAUGCCACUCGAGCGCGGCCUGGGCAGCUGCCCCUGGCUCGAGGCCCCCGCGCGCGCCUUCGCCUGUGCCGUGGAGCGCGAUGCCCUGGCGGCCGCGGGGCCUUUCUCCUGCCACGGCCUAAGGUGGCCUGAUGUCUUCGUGGGCCUGAGCACAUGCGGCCGUCACAUGUCAGCUCACCGCGUGUCGGGGGCAUUGGCUCGGGCCCUGGAAGGGGUGCCCCAGGAUCACGCCCUGACGGCUGAGCUGAUGGCACACCCUGGCUAUCCCAGUGUGCCCCCAGCGGGGGGCUGCGGGGAGGGCCCCGACGCCUUCUCCUGCUCCUGGGAGCGGCUCCACGAGCUGCGUGUCCUCACGGCGCCCACACUGCGGGCCCGCUUUGCCCAGGACGGUGUGAGGCUCUGUGCUCUCAAGGAUUUGCAGGCCAAGGAGCCCUUCCACAGGGUCCCUCAUGAAGCCACGCUGGAUACCUUUCCAGAACCUUCCCAACCCUGAGGGCUGAUAAUCGGCCAACAAACCGUAGAACUCAGGAAGGGGCUGCAGAAGGUGGAGCCCAGAAGCAAGGCCUAGAGCAAGUUGUGGGACUAUGGAGG